AUGGGACUUACGGCCGUGAAGCCGGACGGCAAGUUCGACCUCGACUGCAAGGCUGAUGCAGCCUUGGAGAACAUCCGUCUGCCUGCGCUGCCUCCGGGAUCGCGGCAGGUGUCGGAGGAACAGUUCGAGGCCGAUGAGCGCGUCGAGUACUUCGGUGUGAAGCUUCAGAGAUGGAUUCCUGCAAAGGUCCUCCGGCGGAAUGACGACGGAACCUUCGAUCUGGACUGCAAGCCCCAGGUUCCACGAGAGCGGCUGCGCAAGGCCCAGGCCGGGCGGGGCGAGACUCGCAGUGCUGCGAGCUCCGACUCCCGUACUGGUUCACCGCUGAGCACUGUACAAUGUCCCCUCUACAAGGAAGGCGACAAGGUGGAGUACUUCAGCAGCUCGCAGAGCAGGUGGAUACCCGCACGAGUGCUUGGCACUACAGCCGAGGGCAACUUCAAUCUGGACUGUAAGGCCGACGUCGCUGCCAACAGGAUUCGCCUCCCUGCGAAGCGCGAGGCACAGUACCAGGUGGACGACGCUGUCGAAUACUUCGGAGCUUCCCGGGGGCAAUGGAUUCCCACAAAGGUGUCCAAAGUCAACGAGGAUGGGACCUACGAUCUGGCCUGCAAGCCGCGGGUCCUGGCGGAGAACAUCCGACUGCCUGAGAAGUCCGAGGCAAGCCCUCCAGGAACGCAGAGAGGCCCCGUGUACAACAUCGGGGACCAGGUCGAGUACUUUGGGGCAAGCCAAAGCCGCUGGAUCUCAGCCAAGGUGAUAUCCAUGACACCGGCCGGGAACUACAACUUGGAUGUGAAGCAGGACGUCCCGGUCGACCGUUUGCGUUCUGGCCUGGCCCGUGCUCCGGAUCGGCCUGCUCCUGGGGACCCAGGUUCUCCCAGCUAUGCCCGCGCAAAUGCCUCGACGAUGCCUCCGGGAUCCACACUUAGCAGU